AUGAAGAAUUUUUUCAAAGAAAACGUCGUUUCUGAUGCCAUCGGUCGGCACGCGGCAGUAAGAAGAGUGGACGUCGGCGACGAGACAUUGGGGCCAGGGGCAAUGUCGGUUACUACCGAAGGUUGGCUGCUGGUUUGCGGUGAGUGGUUGAUUUUCGGUGUUUUAUUCAUAGGCAGUGGCGACAUCGGCGGCAACGAUCGAAUGAAGGGCGUGAUUAAUGAACGAGGCCGGUUUUUUUGGCCUGUCGCGCCGAACCGCGCCGAUUACACGUGCCACGUUGCUGAGGCGUUUCCGGUUGACGGCUAG